GUUGUCUUUCCUACUUCAACGAUACUAAGAUGAUCCUGGGACUUGUGUUGGUGGUGCAACUGGGGCUGUGUUUGGCCGAACUGCCCCCAAUUUAUGGAGCUCCGCGAGCCCCGAGAUACGGCCCACAACCUUCCCUCUGCCAACCCCACACUAAAUAUGUCACCCAGGUAGUGACAAAGAUCAACCAGGUACCCGUGUACACCACUGUCUAUCAGACGCAGGUAGUACCUACUACCCUCUAUCAGACGCAGUACCAGACCUUGUACAAGACGCAAUACGAGACGCAAUUCGUCCCACAGUACGUCACCAAGACAGAUUAUAAGCUGCAGUAUGUGACGGAGACGCAGUAUGUCACCCAAUACCUGACGUCCGUCGUCCCUCAGUACAUCACCAAGACAGCCUACCAGACGCAGUACGUGACGCAGACAGCCUACCAGACGCAGUACGUUACCACCACCCAGAUUCACUACCAGACACAAACUCAGUACGUUCCGCAGUACGUAACUACAGUUCAGCACGUGACGCAGACUGCCUACAAGACCCAGGUGGUGCCCCAGUACAUCACCGUCGUGAAGACGCAGGAUAAGUACGUCACCUACUGUCCCCCACCCAAGCCAGGCUACGGCGCACCAGUUUUGCCUUCACCCAUUUACGGAUAGGCACUUGAGGUGGAGAAGUACUCACAUAUCGGUCAACAGUGAAAUAUCGAAAUAACAACUUGAGCAAUCAUGAUGGAUAAAAGGCCGAUGAAGCAGACUCCAACUCACCAGUACUGUGAAGCUAGAGGGAAAACCAUUCUAAGUUGACUGAAGAACGGAGGAGAGGCGACAUUUCAAGUACAAGAGGAAGUAGCCCCGAGGGCGGCACUGAACCGUUCUCCUUCAUAUUCAUAGCUGUAAGACUUAAUGAGUAAUUUUAAGCAUUCUUUUCCAGUAAAGUAAUUUAUUUGAUUUCACAUUUUAUAAUAUUUCAUAGGUUUAUCUGAGUUUGUUCCAGCGCAAUAAUCACUCAUUUUUCAAAUUAAUGACUCAUAUCUGGAUUUCCUUGUCAAAAUUUCUAUUUACAGUUUAGCAUUAAUUGUAUUACUAAAUUUAUACUAAUAUCUUUAAAAUAAUAAUUGAAAAUCUCUGAGAAGAUUAAUUUGAAUUGAAUAUCUCAUGAAAUUUUGGUAAAUACAUAGUAACAAAUGUCAUACUAUAAAGUACAUGAAUUUUUAACUCGUUAAAUAUGUAUUAUGCGUUAUACACACUCGCUUGCGUCAAAAUAUUGAACAGAGGUUGUAAUAUCUUUUCUCCGGUUGUUGAUAACACUUGAACCAUAUAUGUCUUGACCAAAAAAUUCUGCGUUGCACAUUAGUAACUUUUUGUUUUGCUAAUGUGCAAAAUUUCCCUUAAAAUGUGUUUAGAAGUUUCCCUUAAGACUGUACAACGUUCAGGUGAGCAGUGAGAGUCUGUGAGCUUGGUCAAUCCCUGCUGGUCAAGUCAGUACUGAGAUGGUCUUGUCUGCCUUCACGGACACUCUAGAGAUAUCAUAUAUGAACACUCUUUAACCAGCAUAAAUAAAUAAAUUGGUGUUAUCAGUAAUUA